AUGGUUCGCGAUCAAGAUUAUGGUCUUUCAGAUAGUGAUGAUGAAAGAAUGGAAGAUGCUUACGAUGAAGAGUUGAACAUGGCUCAAUUCAGAGUGAACAAAGCCGAUGAAGAAAAGAAGUUACUUCAAAAACAGCAGGAGCUUGAAGAAGCCGCGCUUUACUAUGAGCCUAUUGACCCUACAAAAGAAGGUGUUUAUCAUGUCAAGUCUUUUGAUGCUAACACUGAAAAGUGGAGAUGGAAGGUUGAUUUCUCAACUUUGCCUCCAAAGCAUUACUCACCGGAAAUCACUGUAGGCUCUCACAAGUUUAGAUUACUUGUAUUCCCAAACGGUAACGGUGUCAAUUUUGUGAGCGUAUAUUUGGAUACUUGCCAAUCCACUGAUGUAAAGCUUGUACGAUUCCAAAUCUCUAUUUUGAACCAAAAGGACAUUAGAGAAUCAUUUUCACAAGACGCUGAAAAGAAAUUUGGUCCUGCUGACAACGAUUGGGGUUUUAAGGAAUUUUUAGAUCUAAAGCGACUCAAUAGUGAUGCAGGUUUUAAGGUAGACAAUAUAGUACAUUUUGAAAUUGUUGUCCAUAUCUGUACUCAACCAUACUUGGUUGAUCCAAUUUCCUAUGAUUCAAGAAAGGAGACAGGAUUUGUUGGUUUGCAAAAUCAAGGAGCUACAUGUUAUAUGAACUCUCUUUUACAAACUUUAUACCUUUUAACUUAUUUCAGAAAAUCUGUAUACAAGAUGCCUAUUGAUGAGAAUGAGGAACCACAAGAUAGUAUUCCACUUGCUCUGAUGAGAAUUUUUUACAGGCUGCAAUUUGACAAGACUGCUGUCGAUACCAAAGAGUUAACCAAAUCAUUUGGAUGGGAUACAAUUGAUUCUUUUUUGCAACAUGACGUUCAGGAAUUGGCAAGAGUAUUAAUUGAUAAUUUGGAAAAGAAAAUGGAAAAGACAGACCAAAAGGAGGUGAUGAGACAAUUGUUUGAAGGAAUGUGCAAAAACUAUGUCAAGUGCAUUAAUGUUGACUAUGAAUCAUCAAGAAAGGAGCCAUUCUAUGAUUUACAGCUCAACGUCAAAGGAUGUAGAAAUGUUUACGAAUCUUUUGACCAAUACAUCUUGGAAGAAACUCUACAAGGAGAAAAUCAGUAUCAAGCUGAAGGCUUUGGAUUGCAAGAUGCCAAAAAGGGAACAAUAUUUUUAAAAUUUCCACCAGUACUCAUGCUUCACUUGAAGAGAUUUGAAUAUGAUUUCCAAAGAGAUCUCAUGUACAAGAUUAACGAUCGAUAUGAAUUUCCACCAGAAAUUGAUUUAGGAAAGUACUUGAGUGAAGAUUCCGAACAAAAGAAGGAAGACAAUACUUUUGUAUUGUUUGCUGUUCUUGUUCACAGUGGAGAUGUGUCAGGUGGUCAUUACUAUAACUUUGCAAAGCCAUUUGUAAACCAAGAUCGUUGGUUCAAAUUUGAUGACGAGAAGGUUUAUGAGGUGAAUGAAAAUCUUGCAGUUCAUGACAACUAUGGAGGGGAAGUUAAGAAGAGCAAAUUCUUCUGGCUAUCAUCCAACACAAACUCCAUCUACAAAAAGUUUACCAAUGCUUACAUGUUGCUUUACAUCAGAAAGUCACAAAUUGCUCAAAUGAUCUCUCAAGUUGAAGCUGAAGAUAUUCCACAACACUUGGAGGAAAGAUUCCAAAAGGACCGAGAUGAAAAGGAAAAGAAGAAGAGAGAAAAACUCGAGGCUGCCAAAUAUUGCAACGUAAAGCUUGUUAGAGAUGAAAACAUCAAACAAGCCGUCGAGAAACAUGGAACAGGACUCGCAGACAUUGAUGAAGUUGAGCCAAUGAAAUUCCUUAAAGAAAAUACUUUUGGUGACAUCAAGAAGAAUCUUCAUGAAAUUUAUGGAAUUAAAAUGGAAGCUCUAAGAUUUUGGAGAUGGACAAAGAGACAAAAUCAUACAUACCGUCCUGGUGAUCUUCCAAUGAAAAUUAGUGACGAUGAGGUUACGUUGGAAAGAAGAUACCCACAAAUCAAACAAUUAGGAGGUUGUGUUGAGUUGUAUGUUGAAGUUGCCAAUGAGCCAUUUGAUGUUGUGAAGGAUGAGGAAGACGUAGAACAUACUCUUUGGUUCCCUGAGCCUUCCAACAAGUAUUUACUCCUUUUUAUCAAGGAAUAUGAUCCACAGGAAAAGAAACUUAUUUAUCAUGGGGCUGUAUAUGCAGAAUUUAACCAACAAAUUAGCAGCUUUAUUCCUACUCUGAAAAAGCUUAUCAACGCAUCUGAAGAGGAUGAGCUUGCUAUUGUGGAAGAGAUCAAACCCAAGAUGAUUGAGAAUGUCAAUAUCGACUAUACUUUUAAGGAAGCUCAACUUCAAAAUGGAGAUAUUUUGACUAUUCAAAAAAUUCCUCCAAAUUUCAAUGUUGACCAAUUUGAAAUUCCAUCAGCUAAAGCAUUUUAUGAUUAUUUGAGCAACCGUGUUUCUGUUGAAAUUAGAAAGUUGGAUGACCCUUCCAAUACUGUCAUGUCAGUAGAAUUGUUGAAAAACAUGGAAUAUCCAGAAGUAAGCCAAGCUUUGGGCCGUGCUCUACAAGUUGAUGGUCAACAUAUCAGACUUUCUGGACACAACCCAUACAGUGGCCAUCCAUUGGACCAACCUUUCAGGACGAAUGCAAACUUAACCUUAAAAGAUAUGAUUCAAAUUGCACAAACAGGAUCACCAACCAAAAUUUUGUAUUAUGAGGUUUUGAACGAACCAAUUCACGACGUAGAAAACAAGAAGGAAUUGUUAGUCACCUGGAUGAACACAAAAUGUCAAGAUGUUGAAAAGUUCAAAUUCCUCCUCUAUCCUGAACAAAAGAUGGGAGAACUUCGACAAAUGCUAGAAACCAAGUUAUCUGAGCGUAAAGAAAUGGAGAACUCUGUUAUUGUGUUGUUGGUCAUUUCAAGCUCUAAGAUUACCAGAUUAGUCAAUGAUGAAGAUCUUGUUAAAUCAGCUCCAUCUGGAAAGGGUGAAUUCCUUCGAGCUGAAGAAAUGUCUCUAACUGAUUACAACAUUUGGUUUGGUCAAGGAUCUAACAGAGAAGACAAACGUUUGUUGCAAGUUCAACAUAUCUGCAAAGAGACCUCUGGUUAUCGUUUGUUUGGAAAUCCAAUGCUUCUCAUUGCUAGAAAAGAAGAAACAUUGGGAGAUGUCAAGAAGAGACUUCAAGAAAAGCUACAAGUCAAAGACAUUGAUUACAAGAGAUACAAGUUCAUGUUUAUUGUCAAUAUGAAGGUUAAAGAACCUCUAGAAGAAGUUGAUGACACUCCUUUCAUCGAUUUGUAUGACAAUGAAAAGCAAUCCACCCAAGGUGAAGUCGUUUUUGCAAUGGAGCACAAGGAUCCUACACCAAAAACAAGGUGGUAUGAGAAACCCAUUGUCAUUAAGAAUUAA